AUGGACGCUACCGAAUUCUGCCAGCACGUUGACACCGACAUGACAGGUACCCAAUCUGGCACAAGUUUACACGGAGUAUCCCAGCCACGUCUUCACGACCUACACGACUUUAAGGCUCACGUUAACGACGAAGUUAUGGAUAUACCCCCUCGUUCUCCGAGCCGUUUAGGCGUUCGUCAAUCGCCCCAGUCACCCCAGUCACGGAAAGAGGCUGCUGUGAACCGGAGCGGGCCAUAUCGCCCAACCUUGCAAAGACGCAACUCGGAGAUAGGGAGGGACAGGCACAGUUACACCAGAAUCUACGAAUCCACCGAGUCCGAUACAGACACGUCGUUCUGCUCGACGUCUGAUUCUGAUUUCGACCAGGAGGAUGACUCGGACACUUCCGACUCGAGCGCGGACGACGAGUUCAUCUUCGACGCGUUCUUCACCCCGAAACCCAUUCGCGCGUCCACGCCUCCCCCAGAGGAACAUCUGCCGACGCUCCCGCCGGCCGCAGUGUACCAACCUUCCCCGCUCUCGCCACACGGUCGCGAACCUCAUACGCGCAUGGCUACUACGCACCCACGCCACGCAUACCCACAUCGCGGCAUGUCGCGCAGCAGCCUGAUGUACACCAAGUAUUUCUGGCAGACGAGGCACGAAGAAUGGCAGGAAUGGGAGGCGCAAGUCGAAGAAUCCCAAGCAGCGGCGGGCGCAUACGAUGGCAUAGCAGUGCCGCCGAAGGCCCCUCCACGUGGUCCUCCAAGGAACGGGGCCACCUUCUUUGAGCCUCCCCAGACUUCGUACCACAGAUUCCUCGCGGCAGAUCCGAACUCACCUAUCUACCCCCGUGCGGGGGACCUAUCCGACCUCCGCAGUGGGCACUCCGUCCACCUUGACAGGUGGUUCUGUUUCUUCCCGCUGUACAAGAUCCACCAGAAGCUCUUCCGGCAUGAUAUGGAGCAUCGGGUGAAGGGGACGUCUUCGGGGUCAAACUCACCACAGCCUGACGAUGAUGCGAGUGACGUGACGCUCGUAGCGGACAUGUCCAACGAGAACAAUAGCGGCAUAGCUGAAGACGAGAGUCUCGACGACUUGAUCAACGUCGGCCUAGGGUCACCUGUUAGACCUAAACCGACGGCCAAGCGGAACUCUCGCCCAUGGGAGACAAACUGGGUGCUGCGUUGGGAGAAGUUCGCCGAGAUCCUGAGGGACGAAGCCAUGGCCAAAGCAGCCGCAAUUGCCGUUGAGCGCCGGCCACGAGCGACGACCCCAGACGACGUGCACGCCGUCAAGUCGACAGGGAAGUUCUACUUUGAGGAAGCGGACGAAGAAAGUGACGGCACAGACGGGACGGAGAGCGACGAGGACGACUACGGCGUGCUCAUGUCAAACCCCAUGUUCACACGCCCGCUCGGGUUCGGGUUCCACAGCUUCACGCACGACAUUUUCGCGAGGUCUGCGCCGUUGGAAGUACAGGCGAACCUCAUCUGCGCAUGA